AUGGCUGUCAAGUCGUCGCCUGAACGGACUGACUCCAAGACUGCGCCUGCAGACGUCGCGAAGAUCGAGAAACAGACCACGCCUCCCUCAGACGCCCCUGCCAUUGCCUCACAGCCCGACUCGAAGCUUGCUCCACCGACGGCUUCGAAUGCGCCGCUUGCGCCUCCACCACGCCCCUCUCAGAACGGCGGCCAGAACGGCGGCCCGUCCGACACGCCCGACUACUUCAAUACCGUGCACAACCCGUUCAGUCUCGAGCCGAACGUGUUCGAGCAGUCCUUCGGGAACCCGUCAGCAGAAACACCCGGCGGUCGGCCGAUCCUGCCUCCCGUCGCAAAUAUUACGUCUCCAUCGCCUUUGCCAGGCAUCACGCCUGGCUGGCAAUCGUUACGAGCUGGCCCGCUGAGCCCUGCUAUGCUUCAAGGGCCGACAGGCGAUAGCGAUUACUUCAACCAGAGCUUCAGAGGCUUCCCGACACCCAACGAGUCGUCGCUGCGCACUGGUCUCACGCCCGGAGGAGGUGGUUCUAUGUUCCCUGCGCCGAGUCCAAACUCACAAGCCAUAUUCAAUCUACAAAGCGGUGGUGUCACUCCCAGCACUGCUGAUUUCCAGCAGUCGGCAUUGAGAGCAGCUGCUCAGACCAAGUUUCCCUCUACUAGCAACCCAACCUCGCAGCCGGAUCCUGCUCAGCAUAGUUAUCAACAUCCUCAGCACCCACAGCAACAGCGCAGUCAGCAGGACAUAUUCGGACAGCACGACGUAACUGGCGCCGCUAACGACCUAUUAUCAUUCGCCCAGGCUACGCAGGCUAACCAACCCAACGGCAAUCGAACCAACGGACAAUUCGCUGUUCCCAACCAGCCAGCUCACAUGAAUAAUAAUAUGGGCCACAUGCCCGUCCAGAUGCCACAGGACCAGCAGCAACCCCAUCACCAUAACCCGAAGGGAUCUGUCAACAGCAUAACAGGGUCUGCUGACACUGGCGACUACUCCGAGAGCGGUCACAGUGAACAGACGAAGCCGUCAACACGAUCGCGACAGAAGAAGGGAGCUAACGCCAAAGCAACAGCGGCUUCCCGAAGAAAGGCCGACGACGGUCCAAAAGGUGGCAACAAAAAGCAGAAGGGUGGCAGCGGCAGUGUUCAGUCUCACACAGCGGACGAAGAUUCCGACUUGGACAUGGACAACAUGAAGGAAGAGCUCAAUGAGCAUGGCAAAAAGAUGACCGACGAGGAAAAGCGAAAGAAUUUCUUAGAGAGGAAUAGAGUUGCGGCGCUGAAAUGUCGUCAACGCAAAAAGCAAUGGCUCGCGAACUUGCAGAAUAAGGUCGAAGUCUACGGUACUGAGAAUGACGCGCUAUCAGCCCAAGUUACUCAGCUCCGUGAAGAGAUUGUCAACCUGAAGACACUUCUACUGGCGCACAAAGACUGCUCCGUCGGACAAGCCCAAGGCUUGAAUCAAAUGCCAAUCAGCACUUUCCUGGCAAACGACAUGGGCCACCAUCAAAACCCGUACGGCAUGGCCGGCAUGCAACCCAACGGUGUGCCUAUGGGUAUGGCCUUGCAGCAAGGUCAGAUGAACCGGAGGUGA